UGCGCGCAGUGCCGCCGCCACAACUCCAUCCAGAGCGCCACCACCGUCAACAGCUUCUCCAGCUCGCUGUACAGAGGCUCCAGGCUGACGUCCAGCUCGCGGCAGUACAUGGCGGCCGAGGACUCGGAGUCGGUGGCGGCCAUCUGCGAGCGCGACAUGCACUCGCUGCACCGCAACGUGCCCGCGCUGCGGCGCACCGACGUGGACACCUCGGCCAUCCGCCACCACUACUACCCCGACGGCGGCUGGGGCUGGGUGGUGUGCGGCACGGCGCUCUUCGCCCACGGCCUGUCCUCGGGGCUGCUGCUGGCCUGGGGCUCGGCCGCGCCCUUCGCCGUCAAGCACCUCCACGCCAGGACCAUGGACACAGCGUGGCUGGGCUGCUCCGCGCUGGCCUCCUCGCUGCUCAUCUCGCCGCUGAUCGUGUCGCUGUGCCGCCGCAAGUCCACGCGCCUCACCGCCGUGUUCGGCGGGCUGGUCAUGGCGCUCGCCUUCCUCUUCACGUCCUUCGCCCAGCAGCUGCACCAGGUGUCGCUAAGCUACGGCGUGAUGCUGGGCGUGGGCGCGUCCAUGGUGCGGGAGGCGGCCUCCCUCAUGCUGGGCCAGUACUUCAAGCGGCGCCGCGCCUCCGCCGAGUACCUCAUGCUGUCCGGGGUGGGGCUGGGCAUCGCCACCUUCGCCGCCUUCUACUCGGACAACAUCGCGCGGCUGGGCUGGCGACUUGGGCUGCAGGCGGCCACGGGCUUGGUGGCCACGGGCUUCUUCAUCGGCGUGCUCUACCGGCCCGCCUCGCUGUACCACCCGCAGCGGCGCGCCAUCUCGCACCUCAAGGCGCAGCGCAAGCGCGUCAAGCACAAGAAGGCCCUGCGGCCGCCCCGGCCGCCGCUCAUCGACUACACGCCGCUGCACUCCAGGGCCGUGCGCCUGCUGCUGGGCGCCUCGGCCGCCUGCGCCACCGGCCUCUACACGCCGGCCUUCCACCUGGGCCUGCAGGCGUCCAAGGAGGGCCUCCCCGAGGCCAGCGUGCGGCUGCUGCAGACCAUCCUGGGGCUCGGCGCCGCGCUGGGCUGCUGCGUCGUGGGGGUCAUCACGUCGCGGGGCAGCGACCAGUGCCUCGUGUCGCGGCAGAACCUCCUGCAGACCUCCAUCAUGGGCCUCGUGCUGUCGCUGCUGGCGCUGGGCUGGGUGACGGGCUACCACGGCUACGUGCUGGUCACGUGGCUGUACGGCACCAGCCUGGGCGGCACGCUGUACUCGCUCAAGAUGUUCACCAUGGAGCGGGUGCGCGCGCGGUACUUCUCCCGGACCUGGGGCUUCGUGCAGAGCGCCCAGGCGCUGCCGGUGCUGCUCGGCGUCCCCGUCACUGGCUACAUCAACGAGAGCAACCCCCGGUGCGGCUACUACUUCUCGCUGGCGUGGGCGCUGGUGGGCGCCGCGCUGGUGCACCUGUCCGCCUGGCCGGACACCGACACCAACGUCACCGGGGACUGCGACGCGUGCGCCGUGCUCACGCCCAGGAUGACGCCGUGCCACCAGUACCCGCACCACCAGUACCCCAUCCUGUGCGACCUGCCGCCGCCCACCAUGCCGCUGCGCGCCACGCGCUCCGUGCCCGAGGGGCUGUACCGGCCGCCCGGCAGGCACGUCACCGUCAUCGAGCAGAUCACCACGUCCGUGUAG